AUGGUAAUCAAUGUGAUUGGAACGUAUAUGACUAUCAAAAUUUCCUCGUUGAUUUGUCUAAUAAUACCUGUUCUCCAAUUCGUAACCUUUUUUUGGAUGCCAGAAUCGCCGAAUUACUUACUGAUGAAAGGUAAACGUGAAGAAGCACGGCAAGCGCUUAUUGCAUUAAAAGGAUCGGAUGAAGCAGAUCGCAGCUUGGACGUGAUCGUAGAAGUUAUAGAAGAAAACAGGUUAAAUAAAACUGGCUUCAUCUCGAUAUUUGAGAAAAAUAACCGAUCAAAGUUGGUAACCUUGUUAGGACUACGCGUAGCCCAGCAGUUUUGUGGUGUGAUAGCUUUUAAUAUAUUCGCACAAACUAUUUUUCAGGAAAGUGCCGAUUCCAUUUCGCCUCUAUUGGGAACAGUCAUUUUGUAUACAGUACAAAUAGUGUUUUCUGUACUAAGUUCACUAUCAGUAGAUAAACUCGGCAGAAGGCCUUUAUUGAUAGUAUCUGCAAUUGGAACGAUAUGUGUUUUACUUGCAGGAGGGGCAUUCUUUUUUAUUCGAGACGUGAUCAAAGCUGACACCUCACACGUUUCAUUCGCACCGGCGCUUAUUUUGAUCCUAUUCACAUUCUGCUACAGUUUAGGUUUACAAACCAUGCCCAAUUUUAUGGCGGCCGAGCUGUAUCCUACGAACUUGAAGCCAUACGCCUGCACAAUCGGCGAUGUAAUGUUUUACUCAUUCUCGGCCAUUGUAUCCCAAUACUUCCAAUUUACCAAAGAUAACUACGGCCUCUUCGUUCCUUUCUGGACCUUUGCCGUCUGUUCCAUCAUUGGAUUGGUAAUAAUUGUAAAAUUUAUGCCUGAAACUAAAAACAAAACAUUGGAGGAUAUACAAAAAGAAUUAAGUAGUAAAUAA